AUGGCUCCGGAAAGCCUGACCUACGGGGCUCUGCUCGUCGGGGGGCUUAUCGCGCUAUUCUUAUCAGGAGUAGUGUCGACGCAAGCUUUCUACUAUCGUCGAAGCUACUUGGACGAUCGGUUACGAAAUAAGAUAAUGGUGCUACUUGUAUGGAUCCUUGAUCUCCUGCAUUCGUCGUUCGUCAUAGCUUCGGUCUUUCGAUGUCUAGUCAAUGGCAUUGGUAACCCUUUGGCCAUAAGACGCAUCGCAUGGGAAGUCAGCGUGACAAUAUCCAUCACGGGUAUCUUGACAUUUAUCAUACACCUGUUUUUCACGCAUCGAGUAUGGACCUUGAGCAAGUGCAACAAGGCACUGUCGGGCACGAUUGCUCUGCUUGCGUUUCUCCGCAUGUUGAGUGCAUUCGGUACUGUAGUACAGAUGAGCCGGUUCAAGACCUGGCAGGGCUUUCACGAUGGAGCUGGAUGGACGUUCACGACCGGCCUUGCCAUUUCUGCCUCUGUGGACUUUAUCAUUGCAACCUCGCUAUGCUACUUUCUGCAGAAGCGUAGGACAGGUUUUAAAGGUAUGGACGAAAUCAUAGAUUCAAUCAUCCGGUAUACGGUGGAAAGCGGUCUUUUGACAUUCACCCUCACCGUCGCGUCGUUUGUUUGCUGGCUUACAAUGCCGAGUAACUUCAUCUUCCUCGCGCUGCAUUUCUGUAUUAGCAAGACCUAUGCCAAUUCGUUUCUGGCGACGCUCAACGCACGGUCACAUAUCAAGGAGCGGGCGGGCAGCUCGGCGGGGCGCAACAACAGUAUCCGUCUCGGGACAGUCUUCUCUACAGGCCAUCCGCAUACGCCGCGCAGUCAUACUGGCCCCUCCGACACUGUGAACACGACGAACACGGUACAGAUUACAGUCGAAAAGUCUGUGCACUGUGUCACGGACGUCGAAUCUGCCGAGCCCGAUCCCACGGACCUCGAGCCCGUGUACGCCCCGCGCGAUGGCAAAGAUGUACCCUUCAACGACUUGCACAAGCUGCCCUAGCUCACGACAUUAACGACCCUCUAGGCAUAAUCCAUAUCUUCUUGUUGUCUUACCGCUCGCUAUCUUCGUCACGUUCUCAUUUGUAUACUGUCCCAUCGCUCUGGGCUCGUGUGGGCUCGCAUUACCUGCGAAUGUAAGAGUAGUAUGUGUAGAUCAGAAGGCUAUAUAUUAUUUAGAUUGUGCGGAGAUCUUGUGUAUAAUAGUAUCUAUAUCUUGGC